CGGAAGGACUUCGAGGUUGCACCGCGUUUUGUUACGUGACCUCAGCCGGGUGCGUUUUGUAAGAAAACCCCUCCGGUUUAUUUAACCUGCCGGCGGGUGUCCUAAGAUGACCAGUCGCCCCAGAUGUCUUCACCCACAGGACGCGUGUUCGCCGGCCUGAUGCGCGCUUCUCUCGGUCGAGCGGUUUUUCUUCACAAGGCCGCUCCGAUAUCCGGAGUGAACCCUGUGCGUCCCCUAGCGCUGAGCUCACAGGCAUCGGCGGAGUCCAAAGAUGGGGAUAAAGAGGUCAAUGAACCCAUCAAGUUCUCCACCAGUAAAGCCAGUCACCGGACAUGGAAAGUUGAGAGCUCUUUGGGGAGCCAGUACGAGCGGCCCUGGUGGAAAGUUCUCCCCAUCAGCCUGGGUCUCACCGGCUUCCUUCUGUGGUGUGCACUGAGAGCCCAGACAGACAUUGACGUAGAGCUGGAGAAGCACCUGUUCGAGCGUCUGCCUGGCUUACUUUCUGAUGACGUGGAGGACAAACCUCAAGAGAAAUAAAUGAGCAAAAUGUGGACCGUGUUUAUGUCGAUAUAUUUAUUGUGAACUGUCAGGCAAUCCUUUGCCCAACCACUAAGGUGCAGCACCGAUGCCAUCCAAUGUAACCGAACCCAGAAGCGUUCCAUUUUCUUUUGCAAUUCGUUCUACAUUAAAGAUGUAAACCCCUGGA